AUAGACUGUUGUGUGUUAGCAUGUACAGUAACACACAGACUGACUGACAGCCUGUAGUAAGUAUAGUAAUGGUUUCAACCACUGAAAGAAUUGGAUUUUUAUUUUGCAAACACAAAUUAGCAAAGUGAUAUAAUCAUGUGAAAUGUACCAGUGCUGUUAUAUUAAAUAUCAGACACCAUUUGUGCAAUCAGUUAGUGGACUGGAACUAGCUGUUAUAUAAUGCAAAAUAAGACUUCUCAACAGUGACACAACAGGGUGUACAUAGGCAAAUUAAUCAAGGACUAACACAGAACUGGUGAACACUAUCAUGUAAGAAACAAAUGACAGGACAGGGGCAAAGACAGGACUGAAACAGAAACAAAGGCACAUGUUCUAAUAAACAAAAGCACAAAGAGAAUAACAAAACACAUGACAUGAAAGCAGCGCAAGCCAUAAUGGGAACAUGAAUGCAUUAUGAGAGUGGGAAUUUGUGACAACAAUGCUAAGAAUUAUCUUUCCAUAGACGAUCUAGCUAAUCAGUUAACAUAGUUAUGACAAAGCUAUAAACAUGAAAACUUACUGAUGCAUUGUCGUUGCCAGUUUAUAAUAUUAACAAAGAUAAUUAACUGUUCAGAAGGAAUAUAGCAUCAUGUUCAGCAGCUUUGAAAAACAGCUCAUUUUAUUAUUUUUGAUGGCAUCACACUUUUUUUCUUAACAACAGAUAGCAAUGCCAGCACUGGCUUCUGUCAUGCUUGCGUGUCUGAAUACUGAAGAUUGAGGUAGAUUGAAAGGCCCUUGGGGCUGUGUGUAAUGUGACUGACAGUGUGACCGAAGGAGUCUGUCAGGCAUUUUUUGCCAAGGCCCUUUUUUCACUCAGAUGUACAAAACAAUUCCCUUGAUUGCGUCGUUUCAACAUUUAGGUCUCAUCAACUUCUCCAGAUAUACAUUACCUUAUUUGCAUAAGAACGGUAAAUAUAUUGACCAGUACACCCGACAUGUUGAAUGUUGUUAUAACCUCUGAAAUGAUAGAAAGCUCUUGUGAUAUUUUUCACACUCUGUCUGUGUUUCUGUCCAUCUUUCUCCCUCUCAGCUGCAAUCCUCGAUGAUCCAAUGGAGUGCAGCCGGGGGGAGCGCUUGGCCAUCACACUGGCAAAAGAAAGCAUCAACCGUUCCAGCAACCGCUCUACCACAGGCAAGCUGGAGGUGGACAUCUUCGAGUUGCUCAGAGACAGUGAAUAUGAGACUGGAGAGACCAUGUGCCAGAUCAUGUCUAAGGGGGUGGUGGCAGUCCUGGGCCCAUCCGCCAGCCCGGCUUCCAACUCCAUCAUCAGCAAUAUCUGUGGAGAGAAAGAGGUACCAUAUGUGAAGGUGGCCCCAGAGGACAUACUGAAGGUGCAAUUCCCCCGUUUCACCACGCUAGACCUCAGACCCACCAACACAGACAUCAGCCUGGCUGUAGCUGGCCUCCUCACCUUCUUCAACAGCACCACAUCUUGCCUCAUCUGUGCCGAGGCCAACUGUGAGUAA